ACGAUUUAGCAAUGGCCAGAACCAAGCAGACAGCCCGUAAAUCCACCGGAGGCAAAGCUCCGAGGAAGCAGCUCGCAACCAAAGCUGCGCGUAAAAGCGCACCAGCAACCGGCGGCGUUAAGAAGCCUCACCGUUACAGGCCUGGUACUGUGGCUCUGAGAGAGAUCCGUCGUUAUCAGAAGUCCACUGAGCUGCUGAUCCGUAAACUGCCCUUCCAGCGUCUGGUCAGAGAAAUCGCUCAGGACUUCAAGACCGAUCUGCGAUUCCAGAGCUCUGCUGUCAUGGCUCUUCAGGAGGCUAGCGAGGCUUACCUCGUCGGUCUGUUCGAGGACACUAACCUGUGCGCCAUCCACGCCAAGAGAGUCACCAUCAUGCCCAAGGACAUCCAGUUGGCGCGUCGUAUCCGUGGGGAGCGUGCUUAAAUCAUUUGAAGUCAUUGAAAUCAAAGGCUCUUUUAAGAGCCACCUAAAUAUUUAAAAAAUGCUGUUUUC